CUCUUGUCUUGCUCAGUGUCUCUCGGAGACUCUCAACCUGCUCUCCCUUCACAUGUGGCUGCUCCUGACCACCUUUAAGAAAGAAUCAUGGCCCAGCAACAGCCGAUGAGCCUUCCAGCCAAACUGAUCAAUGGAGGAGUGGCAGGUAUGGUUGGAGUCACCUGCGUGUUUCCGAUUGACCUGGCAAAGACACGCUUGCAGAACCAGCGCAGCGGGCAGCAGCUUUACAAGAGCAUGUUGGAUUGCUUAAUAAAGACAGUUAAAUCUGAAGGCUACUUUGGCAUGUAUAGAGGUGCUGCAGUGAACCUCACCCUGGUCACCCCAGAGAAGGCGAUUAAGCUUGCUGCUAAUGACUUCUUCCGCCACCGGCUGAGCAAAGACGGUGGCAGAUUGACGGUGUUCAGAGAGAUGUUGGCAGGAUGCUGUGCAGGAAUGUGCCAGGUCACUAUCACCACACCAAUGGAGAUGCUAAAAAUCCAGCUGCAGGAUGCUGGCAGGCUGGCCCAGCAGAGGGUGAUGCCAAGCGUGGUAACAACUCUGAAGUUGGGCGGCGCGAGUGCCGUCCUCAGCCGCUCUUACAACACCACCCCUUCACCUCAAGUCAUGAGAGUGUCGGCCACACAGAUCACCAGAGAACUGCUGAGGACUAAAGGUGUCACAGGACUGUACAAGGGACUUGGGGCCACAUUAUUAAGGGACAUGCCGUUCUCCAUAGUCUACUUCCCACUUUUUGCACAUCUCCACCAGCUAGGUCAGCAUUCCCGUGAAGAUCCAUCUGUGCCCUUCUAUUGGUCCUUCAUGUCUGGCUGCAUGGCUGGAUGCGUUGCUGCCGUGACUGUCAGCCCCUGUGACGUGAUCAAGACAAGGCUACAAUCCCUAAAGAAAGGAGCUAAUGAGGAAACCUACAAUGGAGUGGUGGACUGUGUCAGAAAAAUCCUGAAGAAGGAGGGGCCCGGAGCGUUCCUCAAAGGUGCCAGUUGCCGGGCCCUGGUCAUUGCGCCGCUCUUCGGCAUUGCCCAGGUUGUGUACUUUGUUGGCGUUGGAGAGUACCUGCUGGGGUACACCCCCUACAACAUCUACUCUACUUAAACAAACUGUUUCUUAGUCUUUCUAAGGCCUAAUUAAAUGUCAGGCAACAAUGGACCCAGUUCUGCAUUACUGUGUACCUCUUUAUUGUUUGGAGGAUCUCAGAGAUGCUAUUUUGUUUAUAAAAUGGCCUCGAAUCAUGCCUUUAGCUUGACUAUCUCUUACUUAAGAGGCAGAGGUUGAAAUCUACUGCAUCUGUGUAGAAGAGUUUCAGGGGAGCUUAUUGCUUCCCUCACUGAGGGGCUUGAUCACCAGUUCGUCCAUUUUAGAUUUGACUCUACUGCUGUUGCAACAAACCUUUGGAACCCGCCGUUUCCUUAGCUGUGUAAACCUGACAUAUCACGUCCCCCCUCACAGUAACCCUAACCUGCAGAUCCUUCCAACUGUCCAAUCUUACUUCUCGUAAGGUUUGGGAUGUUACCUGAUCCUGCAAGAGUGUGCCAAGGAGCACCAAAAACUUUACUUGAAGAGCUUCAAUCCUGUUUUAAAGGGUUGCAAAUGAAGUUGAAACAUAGUUGUGUCUGAGUGCACUUGUAACUCUGCACCUGAAGAGCUACAUACAUUCACUAUAAAGGAGUGCACCAUUUUGCGAUAGGUACUGUUGUUUGAUGACGUGAGCGAUAGCAGACAAGACAUAAUCAACGGGAUCUGCAUUGCUUUUUGGGACCAAGCCAUCUGGAACCAAAGUGCCACAUAACCUACACUUGGUCACUUUCUCUUAACUGACUGUGGAUGUCUGAGACUGGUCCAGUUCCGCUCGCACAGGUGUUUUUUGUUUGGCUUUUCAGAGCAGAACAAAGUGCACUGACGGAAAUGUUUAGUUUUACCAUUGUAAAGGCAUAUACCUUUCCACUUAUCUCCAACUGUGCAAGUUGAAUACAAAUGGAGGUGCAGUUUUCAACCAUGCUGAGAAGAUGAUUAUCAAUUUUUUUCAGACUCACAAAUGUAAACACAUUUCUAAAUGCUGAAUAAACUUCUAAAUGUGGCAUA